AACAAACUAAGCAGCAAGCUUUUAAACGAGAAAAAAGGUCCUUGAUCGAAAUACCCGACAAGUUUAGAUAUUAUUAACGAUGCCUCAUUGGAAACAUGCCGUCCGUGUAUUUGGUGCAGUGUCAACUGCAGCCACGACUGCAAUUAUAUUCGGUACCAACCCGAAUCCAGAAGAUAUGUGGAGCAAUUUUAAAAACGUCUACGCUGCCUGGUCGACACACAUUCCAAGUGUGAAAUGGGACUAUAAUUGGGACAGGCGGGAACCAGCGUCGCUGAUUGAACCUCCAAAUUCUAGAACAGAUAUGCAAAAAUACGAAGAAGAACUUAGGAAAAUCCAACCAAAAGCUGUUCGCCACUUAUUUCUUAUACGACAUGGCCAAUAUCUUACGAGACAAACUGAAGACUAUUUAAAUAUUUUAACACCUUUAGGGGAAGAACAAGCACUUAUGACUGGACGUCGUCUCCUAGAACUUAAAAUUCCCUUUACAAGGAUUGUUUCAUCAACUAUGAUGCGUGCAGACCAAACAGCUAAAAUUGUACACCAAUUCUUUCCUGAUUUGCGCUUGGAAUAUAGCGACCUUCUCCGAGAAGGAAUGCCAAUACCACCUGAACCGGCACGUACAAGCUGGAGACCUGAAUGGAAGUUCUUAGCUGAUGGUCCCAGAAUAGAAGCAGCAUUCCAAGAAUAUUUCCACCGUGCUAAUAUCGACCAGAAAGACGAUAGCUACGAAAUAUUAGUGUGCCAUGCUAAUGUCAUCCGAUAUUUUGUAUGUCGGGCUUUACAGUUUCCACCAGAAGGUUGGAUGAGAAUGAGACUUUAUCAUGCUAGCAUUACAUGGAUUACAAUUAAACCGGAUGGUAAAGUGUCACUAAAACUAGUUGGAGAUGCUGGACAUAUACCAGCACACAAAUUAUCAUUUUCUUAAAAGCAGUGUACUAUAAAAAAAAUAAAUUAUUCUUUUAAAGUUUGUACUAAC